GAGAAGAAGAGGAGGGGCCUUUUCAGUCCUUUCCGUACAACAAGAUGGCCGCCGGCGGCAGUGGUGAGGAAACAUGGCGGCCUCCGCUUGUCCCGUUCUCGCAAUGCAGCAUAUGUCCGUACAAGAUGGCGGCCCCCUGUGAGGAAGCAACAUGGCGGCCUCCGUGUCCCCCGUUGGCGGCAAGAUGGCGUCCCUGGUGCAGUACGUGGUUCUGAGGGGAGACCUGAGGCGGGAGCCUUUCCUCUGGCCCCUGGGGGCCCUAGUGGCCCAAGCCGUCCACGCCGCCCUGGCCGCCGUCCACGAGCACCGCCGGCAGCCGCAGACGGAGGAGUACCUGGCCCAGGGAGGCCGCAUGAGGACCGUGGUGCUGGAGGCCCCAGAUGAGUAUGCCUUGAGCGCAUUAACAGAGUCACUGCAGCAAAAUGGGAUCGAUCACAAAGUAUGGGUAGAGCAGCCGGAAAACAUUGCGACGUGCGUUGCCCUCCGUCCUUACCCAAAGGAGACCGUGCACCACCUUCUGAAGAAGUUCAAACUCCUGAAGUGAUCAUUUUCCUCUCUACUUGGCCAGGAAGAAAAUACAGCUUGCAACUGGGUCAUAGACAUCUGGCUUAUAGCAGAAGAUACAAGAAGCAGGUGAAGAAUCUUCUUCUCACUGCAGGCUGCUGGCAACUAGGCAACUUCAGCCAAAAAGCUGCUGCUCAUUCUGCACAGAUGAUGAUUAAACUGGUGGGUUUGUGCCUCUUA